AUGCCCGACAACGAACCGAAGGCACUGCAAUCGGUCGCCACCGCACAUAAUCGGUCGCCAUCCCACAAUAAUCAGUCGUCAGCUCACAGUAAUCGGUUCUCAUUCCACAGUAAUCGGUCUCCAUCCCACAGUAAUCGAUCGUUACUCCACAAUAAUCUUUCGUUACCUCACAGUAAUCGGUCGCCAUCCCACAAUAAUCAGUCGUUAGCUCACAGUAGUCGGUCGUUAGCUCACAGUAAUCGGUCGCCAGCUCACAGUAAUCGGUCGCUAUCCCAUAAUAAUCAGUCGUCAGCUCACAGUAGUCGGUCGACAGCUCACAGUAAUUGGUCUUCAUCUCACAGUAAUCGAUCGCUACUCUACAAUAAUCGUUCGUCACCUCACAGUAAUCAGUCGCUACUGCACAGUAAUUGGUCGCCACCUCACAGUAAUCGGUCGCUAUCCCACAAUAAUCGGUCGCCAGCUCACAAUAAUCGGUCGUCACCUCACAGUAAUCGGUCGCCAUCCCACAAUAAUCUUUCGCCAGCCCACAGUAAUCGGUCUCGAUUCCACAGUAAUCGGUCUCCACCCUGCAAUAAUCAAUUGCCACCGCACAGUAAUCGAUCGCUAUUCCACAAUAAUCUUUCGUCACCUCACAGUAAUCGGUCGCCAUCCCACAAUAAUCUUUCGCCAGCCCACAGUAAUCGGUCUCGAUUCCACAGUAAUCGGUCUCCACCCUGCAAUAAUCAAUUGCCACCGCACAGUAAUCGAUCGCUAUUCCACAAUAAUCUUUCGUCACCUCACAGUAAUCGGUCGCCAUCCCACAAUAAUCUUUCGCCAGCCCACAGUAAUCGGUCUCGAUUCCACAGUAAUCGGUCUCCACCCUGCAAUAAUCAAUUGCCACCGCACAGUAAUCGAUCGCUAUUCCACAAUAAUCUUUCGUCACCUCACAGUAAUCGGUCGCCAUCCCACAAUAAUCUUUCGCCAGCCCACAGUAAUCGGUCUCGAUUCCACAGUAAUCGGUCUCCACCCUGCAAUAAUCAAUUGCCACCGCACAGUAAUCGAUCGCUAUUCCACAAUAAUCUUUCGUCACCUCACAGUAAUCGGUCGCCACUGCACAAUAAUCUUUCGUCACCUCACAGUAAUCGGUCGCCAUCCCACAAUAAUCUUUCGCCAGCUCACAGUAAUCGGUCCUCAUCCCACAGUAAUCGGUCCUCAUCCCACAGUAAUCGGUCUCCACCCUGCAAUAAUAAAUUGCCACCGCACAGUAAUCGAUCGCUACUCCACAAUAAUAUUUCGUCACCUCACAGUAAUCGGUCGCCAGCUCACAGUAAUUGGUCCGAACCGGUUAAUCAAGCCGUAUCGCCCGGCGCGUUUGCUCCCGAAGGGAGUUCGCUUAGAAAACGUCGCCAGAACUUCUCGAACGUUCCGAAGGGUGCGACAUAAUAUCCCGACGUGAUCCAACGGGAUCGUCCCGGCCCGAAAUUACGGAUUCAAUUUAUACUCGAAGCUACGACCGCUUUCUGUUUCAGCGGCGCGGCAACGACGCGACCAGCCCGGAAAACGCUCCUUCUCGAGGAAGGAAGGAGAAGGGCGGAUAAGGGGGUGGGAGGGAGGGAGGGAGGGUGCAACGAGGUAUCCAGCAGUUUUCAAUUUUCCCCCGAUGAGGAUUUAUGGGUGGCGGUGCGGCGGGGCGCAUUUUAUCGGGCGGCAGCCACCCGCGGCGCGUUCCGUGCCGAAAAACGCGACGCCGCGGCCGACGGCGGGUCGGGGCCGGGGGACGAAAAAGCGGUCGCCGGCGAAAAAAGGGGGCGGCGGAGGGAAACGGAGCGGGCCUCGGAUAGGCUCGUUAGCGAUUCGGCAUCGGAAUUGCUCAAUUUGCAGCGGCCAGCCUGGACCUACAUUGCUUUUUGCCGGGCCGCAACGUUCCAACGAGGCGAACGGUGUCGUCGGUGAAACGUAUCUCUUCAUCGGGCCCCCGAAGCUACCGCCGCGAAGUCGCGCCGGUUUCCCGUCCGCUCGAACUUUCCUAGAAACGUCGCGAGUUCCGCAAUCGACACCGGUCUCGUCGCGCGAGCGGUUUCGGAAACAGGCUGGCCACGCAAAUCUGCGAGAAAGGAGUACGCGCGCGGUCCCGAAUUUCUCGCCGGACGGGGAAUAGGAGGGGCGAGGGCGCGUGGAUUGCGGCAAAAAGGUGAGAAAGUACGCGGACAGCCUUCGCCCGCGAAAUUUCGCCGCGGCUGCGGCGUCCGGCCGCGCCGGGACCGCGGGACAGGUGGGGCCCGGAGCGGCGACGGGACGCGCGGGGAACGCGCGUGCACGCCGCGCCGGACGAAACGUCGUCGCGGCGACGUGAUCCCGCAUACGAAUCGCCGUUUAACCUCGACGAUCCUCGUCGGGGUGCGACCACGGUGGAGGCUCGCUGGGACCGAUUAUGUCAUCGAUCCCGCAUUCGUGCGCGUCGCCGUCGGACGCGAACUUUUCUGUCCCGUUUACCGUGAGAAGCGGCCCGAUUCCUCGGAAAGAGGGGAACGCCGAGAAUCCGAGGCACGCGGACUACGGAAUCCGCCGCGAAGACUGCUGCGGAGAGAAGAGUAUUCGAGCUAGGUAUAGUUAUUUCUCUUGGAAAUGCCGAAUUUCGGGUUGCUGGGAAUUGUUUCUCUUGAAAUGGUCUCCUGCGACUAUGUUGUUCGUUGCCACGACGAUCGAAAGAGAUGGAAUAUUGUAGAAAAUGAUUGAAAAUGGAAAGAUUUUGUGAAUUUUAUGAA